AUGUUAAUUAAAAAUUCUAAUUAUUUAUCAAAACAAGACUUACUUCCUUUAUAUCUAUACAAGGACCUCAACAAAUCAGCCAUGCCAAAUCCAGUAAAUGCAUGUGCCAACGAUACUAGUAUUAAACAAACCAAGGCAAAUGAAAAACAAGUGAAUUAA